AUGGCACAAAAGAGGAUACAACGCCUCCCUGAUAGGUGCAUAAUGAGAAGGUGGAGAAGAGACAUAAUUCGUCCCCACCUGAAGAAAUUAUUUCCUGGAGGUUACCCCACUGUGACUGAUCAGCUCAAAAAGUAUAAUGAGUUGAAGAAAUGGUUUGACAAGGUGUGUGAUGUGGCAUUGGAUAGUGACGUGAAAAUUCAAGACUUUAAAAAUGUAAUGAAAGCAAGAUUGGCUGCAUAUUUGAAUUGGAAUGAUGAUAUGGUUGUCCUAGAAGUUGAUGGCGAUGGAUCAGAUGAUGAUGAUUCAACAUACAUAAUAAACCCAAGAGAGGCUCAUCCACGUGGAAGGCCACUAAUUAACAGAUAUAGAGGUGCACGUUCAAACAUAUUUAGGCGAGGGGGUGGACAAGGGUUUAGCGAUAGAACUGGAGGUGAUAAUAAUGGUGGUAAUAGGGGAGGUAAAAGGAGAGGUAGGAGUACUCGUACAAGUACAAGAGGUGGAGGUGUAGGGGGUGGUAGAAGUAGUGGUAGGAAUAGUAGAAGUAGUGGAAGUGGGGAUGUUGAAACAGACCAACUUGUGUAA